CUAUCAUUCGGACUUUGCCAUGGCUGUUGUCGAUAAUGUCAUCGAAGAUAUCCGUGUGGGAAUGGAGCUCAACCUUCCCAGUUUAAAUCAGCGUCGAAUUGUAAUGGUAAAAUACCUUGGUUUGUUGUAUAACUAUUGUCUGGUGGAUUCUCCGGUGAUAUUCAAAACACUUUACUCUCUUCUCACAUUUGGUGUUAGCUUGGAUCUUGAUUUACCAAGUAUUAUCGACCCGCCGGAUUCAUUGUUUCGAAUUACAUUAAUUUGCACGCUACUUGAAACAUCUGGAAGUUUCUUCGAUCAGGGUAAAAAGCGACGAAAAUUGAACAUAUUCCUUAUAUACUUUCAGCGUUACUACUGGUUCAAGCGUUCUCUUCCUAUAUGGGUGCAGUCGAAAAACGACGCCGAGUUAUUAUCAGCCAAAUCAGUAAGUGAAACGAAGACAGAUCUCCAUACUGGCGAACUAACGUCUUCGGUUGAAGAGCCUGUUGUAAAUCAUUCUGAAGAUUCAUUGGUAUUAAAUAAUCCUGAAUCAUCAGUUGAUAUCUCUGGUCUUAAUUCAGAUACCCAAACUAAUCUACCUAUGUUUGUUCCUGUGCGUUUUCCUGUUGCAGUAGAGCAACAAUAUUUUGAAACUUUACAACAGUUCCGUGGUAAUGUUGGUCGAGCAAAAAAUUUCACAGAAGCACAACGUCUCGUUCGUCAUCUGGAAGCCCGAUGCCUGCCACGCCUUGCACGCCUUAAGGCUACAUAUGGACUAACAAGUGAAUCAGAAAACGUGGAAAAUGGUGGUCAAGACCUAAAAAUUAUUUCAGAGAACAAAUCACUUCGACCAACUGGUCCCGGUCACAUGGAUACGAUAGCUGAAGAGGCUGAACAAGAAGAUGGAGACAUCCAGCUGGGUGACGAUGAGUAUUCUAUGGAUGAAGAAGAUUCUGACUUGGAUGACGAAGAUGAAGAACAAGGAGGUGAGACUCAUUCAUCUCAACGCCGUCAAUCUACUGACUUGAUAGAAUCGGAUGGUAGUCGUCGUCGUGCUCGCGUUGAUAGCCAACAAUCUCAAGAGGAUAUUGAUCUCACACUGGAGAAAACAGAAGAAAAAGAAGCAGAGGAAGAGGAGAUUGAUCAAAACUAUGAGUUGAAGCCACGAUUUAUUGAUUGUCCUGAGGAUACUGCAUUUUGUGAAGCUUUAGAUAAAAUGAUCGCCGAAGCAUUAUUGUCAUCUACAUCAGGGAGUAAUAGUAGUAAUGUCAGUGGUACAGUUACUAGUGUAACCAGUACUAUCAAUGUUAGUACUGAUACAAAUCCUGCAUCAUCUCGAACUCUCAGUGUGAAUGUUCUUCCUACUCCAGAAAUACUACAACUAGCAGCAGCAAAGAGUCGUUUAGCAAUGAAAGAAGAUGGCAGUUCAUCGACAAAUAAAGUUAACCAGCAAGCGAUUAAUCAUCAUAACUCAACCCUUCAUUCUGUGCCGACAAAAUCUAAUGGAGAUAAUUUAGAAAUUAAUCAUUCGGAUACGUUGUCAGCUGUAAAUGGUGAAGAUAGUCAAAAUACUGUUCCCUUUACACUAGUUUCGCGUCGUGGAAAUAAACCUCAUCUAAUUCCAUUGGCAGUCCCGGAUUCAGUACAAUUUGCAGCACGUUAUAUUCAAGCUGCAGCUGCCGAGAGAGAAGAAAGGGCUCGGAUGAAACAACUAGUACUUGAAAUGCAUGAAGCUCAAAAAGAAGAAGAAAUGGAGUGGGGUCACUACGGAGGUCCAGAUGCUGUUUUGGCUCAUCAGUUCCCCGUCAAUGCGAACCGUGAUCGCUGGGUAAAGUAUAAUCAUCCAAAAGGAGCACCGGACGCCGAUGUAGUUUUUGGAACACACAGUCAAAAACGAUGUGCCAAUUAAUGAGCGUAUCCUGUUAAAAAGAUUUGUUAAUCAUGGUCAUCUGUUUCAAAAAAUGAGACAAUUUGAAAUGGGAGAAGUUAUGGAUUGUUCGAUAUUCAACGAAUCCUUGUGUGUGUUGCACAGCAUUCUAUGGGCAUAGCAUGUGUGCAAGUAUGUUGAGAUGCAGUUUUGAUGAGUUGAACAGACAAGAUGUUUUAAAAUGUAAUCAAUAAAAGAAAUAUGUAUUUAAGUAUUUUUUUCCUUUCCUCACUUUCUUCCUUACUUUUCAAUUGUUUUAUAAAAAGAAAGUUUUUAAAAGAAAUACUUCUCAUUAAUGAAGAUACAAGUCACAUAGUAAAAUAAGACUGGGUUUUGGUUGUAUGAACUUAUUUUAUUUUGGAUUUCUAAUUAUUAAGUGUAUGUACUCAUGUUUCCAAGUUCAUUAUUGUGCUGUUUUAUUCAUUCUGUUGUUUAUUGUCCUCCUAUGUAAGAAAUAACUAUAUUAUUAUCCUUUGAAAAGUUUAAGCGAUUGCUAUGAGAUCGUUUAUCUUGAACUAUUAUGCUGCGAUCUUCACAUUCAACAAGGACUGCUGUAUUCUCAUUCUUUGUCCGUCUCGCAGUUUUUGGUCAUUCAAAAUACAGUUGUUUUAUUUCUCAUA